UAUGCUCUCUCUUGAGGGGUUAGGCUGUUGCCAGGUGAGUUUGCUUCUCCAGCACAGCAACACUGCAGGUGAUUCUCUUCAGACACUUCUCACUGCAGGACUAUAGUGGAAGGAAUAAUCUGGCUGACUCUUCUGCUGCUCUUCUUGUUGAUGUGCUCUCACCUGUGCUGGAAUUAGCCUGGAUUUAGGAGAUCACAGGCUGGAGGAAGAUGACCCCUGUGUCGAAGUCAGUGGCGGGCAGUGAUGUGUCUGAGGAGAGCAGUCAGUCUGGAGAGAUUAGACUGAACUCAGAGGAGCAAGAGACUGAAGAAUCAAUGGAAAAGAUUGCCCUCUUGUGGACAAAGGAUUCAUUUCAAGACUCAGACAUCACAGUACAAUGUAUAGGAUCACCUCAGUCACCGACCAGCUACAAACAGAGGAGUGAGGAGUUUAAGAGGACGUUUAAAGAACUGGCUGAUUUGGAGAGGCUGAUAGUGGAUUACACCUGUGCUCUUCAGAGGGAUAUUUUACUGCAAGGCCGCAUCUACCUCACCGAGAACUGGCUCUGUUUCUACAGCAAUGUCUUCUGGGGAACUAAAAUCAUGGUAAACAUGAGAGAUAUUGCAUCCAUGUCAAGAGAAAAGAUAGCUCGGCUGAUACCGAAUGCCAUUCAGGUCUACACCAACUCAGAAAAGCUGUUCUUCACGUCGUUUUCUGCAAGGGAGAAAAGUUACCAAACCAUUUUCCGUCUAUGGCAGAAUUUACUGCUGGACAAGCAGUUGACCAGGCAAGAGCUGUGGCAGAUGGUCAAACAGCAUUAUGGCAAUGACUUGGGUUUGAGCUAUGAGGAGAUGGAGAGUUUGCAGAUGACAGCAGACACAAGUGCAUACACUCAGACCAGCCUAAACAUGAAAGCAGAUGAUCACACCAGCAGGAUGGAGAGACCUUCCUCACUUCGCCUUCCUCAGAACGAGCAGAGUUCAUAUGAGGCAUCCACGCCACUGGGAGAUGACACACAGUCUUCAGUAGGACUGCAGAGCACUCUCUCUGCAAAUGGGGAGGACACCCGUAGCACAGCGUCUCGUCAGCGCAGUCCAGACCUAUCUCUAGAGCGCUUCAGCAAUGAGCGAAUGUCUAAACGCUCUUCUCACUCCUUGGACCUGAAUGCCAAUGAAGAUAGACUCUCAGAAAACAGUCUGUCUGACAGCAUGGAGGAAGGUGCAGUGGAGCGAGACUGUGUGUCCCAGGCAUCGCAGGGAAGGCUAUAUGUGAACAGGGCUUUCCGUAUCAGCGCUGAGAAAAUGUUUGAACUGCUUUUCACUGAUUCAUAUUUUUCCCGGCGGUUUAUGAAUGCAAGAAAGAUCACAGGUGCAAACUGUACAUCUUGGCAGAGGGAUGCCUCUGGCUCUAUGAAGAGGACUCUAAAUUACACAAUCACUAUCAGCAACCCACUAGUGGGCAAAUAUUCCACAGCUACAGAAAAUCAGACAUUAUAUAAGGAGUCUAGGGAGGGCCAUUACUACCUGGUGGACACUGAGGUUUAUACACAUGAUGUUCCGUACCAUGACUACUUCUACACUAUGAAUCGCUACUGCAUUAUCCGCAACUCCAAGCGCAAGUGUAGACUAAGGAUUUAUACUGAUGUGAAGUACAAGAAGCAACCUUGGGGCUUUGUUAAAUCGUUUAUCACCAAGAACUCGUGGAGUGGCCUAGAGGAUUACUUCAGACACCUUGAGUCAGAGCUUCUAGAGGAGGAGGCAGAGCUGACCCAAGGAUCAGGUGACGCUGGAAAGGGCGGCCUGCGUAGAAGGAGGAGAACGUACAGCCGCACUCUGCAGGAGCACAUGCGGCCCGGCAAGCAGUAUGGGGCAGACACAGAGCAGCACAGAGAUGGCAACCUGGGAGCUGCAGACAUGAAGAGCACGCAAAAGUGGAACAUCACCUUUAUUAUAGCUGGAAUGAGCUUAAUUCUUUUGUUUCUGACGGUGCUGAACCUGGGUCUGUUCUUUAAACUGUGGGCUAUGGAGGAUGUGGCGCACCGCAUGUACCUCAGCACAAAACAGCGUAUGAGGGAGAGAGCUGAGGCCAAUUUGUCACCUGAACUGGGCCCCAGACAGACUUUGUUCCACAGAAGUCCAGAAGAGACGCGCUUACUUAGGGCAGUGCUACAGGACUCCAUCAAUCUGCUAGAACAGUUACGCAGUUCUCUAGUGGUACUCCAGCAGAACUUCCAGGGACACAACAAGACCUCUAACCAAGUAUGAAAGCCACAGAGCUUGGAAACGACUGAAGUACGGGGGAUCCGGCCCACAGGCCUAUGUCAGAGAACACUGCCAUAGAGACAAUUACUCCAGAGACUUCUCUUUGCCUCUGGGUGUUACUACCACAGACCCUGUGUGUUGUGGUAACAGGUACCUGUAAUGUUUUUAAGCAUUGUUUGAGUAAGUAAGGCUUGGUAGUGGGCACAGGGAGCAGUGCGGGCCCUUUGACCCUGUGAGGCUUGUUUGUGAAGGAAAGGCCUAAAUUCAAUGGUGUUGCCUGCUUACUUUUUGAUUAAUAUUUUUAAUGUGCCUUACAGUUUACUUGUUUUUUGAGCUUCUCUUGUUUUGGCCUGUUGAUUUGCACAGCUAGCUUUUAUCCUGUUUGAUAAUCUUGUGCCAAGUUAAGAAGUAACAAAAAAAGUUACAAAGUAACUUGUACAAAGCAAUAAUUACUGUAUACAUAUUCCGUUAUGGCACUGCAAAAUCAGGGUGUGAAAAAGUGCUUGAAAAGGUUACUCUUCUUCUGCAAAUUUGCCAGUGGCUAUAAAGUAACUUCUGAAGCUUGCAGACAUUUGUUAAUGAUUGCACUUUUGAAUCCUUUUCUAGCGCAGGAUUGCUACUGACUAAAUGCACAUUCUGCCUGGUUUUGAGCUGUUGUUUUAAGCUGUUGUUUUGAGCUUAUUCCUAGAUUUAAUUUAAAGAGAAUAAUUUAAAGAGAAUAAUAAUUUUAUCAUUUUUUCCAGCAUUUCAGUAUAAUUCAGUUGGUCAGAUGUAAACAGUCAGUGGCCUCAAUGUAGUCUGAUGUGAAUUUUUUUAUAUUAGAGAAUCUUAUGUAAGGAUCUUUACAGUGGUGAUGAUGGACAACAGCGGUUACUGUAUCCACAAACAUUUUAUUUAUUUUUUAUAAAACACCAGUCAACCUGUUUGUCUUAUAAAUUUUAUAUGUAAAGUUCUAUGAUGACAAAAUGGAGACAUUCCAAUUUUUCUUUGGGGACUUUUUUGCUUUAGAACGCUUUUUGUGUACCUUUUCACUAUAUAAAAAUGUAUUUUAAGUUAAAACGUUGUUCACUACACUGUCCCCAUUCGCAAACACUGUAAACCAUUAUAACUUGGUAAGUUUCUCUAGGAUAGAGAAUUUCACAGCAAACUACUGUCAAUCACUGUGUUUUACAUCUUAUUCAUUUAAUAAUGCAUAGAUUUUGGGAAAAAUACUUAUUUACAUACGACUAGUAUCACUAAGACUGCGGAUUUGUAACCCUUGUCCACAGGUAUGAUAUUUUUAGUUUAUAUGAAGGAACCUUGAGUGUGGUGUUUUAAUGAUUUUGGAAUAUUUUAUGUUCCUCUGCAAGGCCUUUCCACAUGUACAGUAAAGUUUAUUGGUUAAUAUAUUAAUAUCAGGAUGGGCCAGCAGGAUUAUAGUUUAUGAUUGUUUUUUAAAUGCAUAUAAUGUUUACACUAUAUUUGUAUGAUAAUUUUGUGAGUGUACAGGAGCUCAUAUUGACUGCAACUUGACCGUACCUGUUUAAUAGUUUAUGUAUGUAUAUGGAGUUUGGCUCUGUGGUCAUUUUAAUUUGUCUCAAAGGCUGACCUGUGCUUUCUAAAACCUUCUCAGGAAAUUUACAUUUCUUAUCCCUUUUUUCUUUCUUAUAUGGAUAUUGAAAUGUAAUGUCUAUUUAUACCUUAAAUAAAAGUCCCAUUCAUGGGUGUUUCUCAA